CGAUGACGUAGGCGCGCUGUCGGGCUCUGAGCUGUCUGGGGGAGCAUGUGGGGCUGCGGCGCGCUGCUGGGGGCGCGAGCCGGGUCGCGGCUGCGGUGCGAGCUGUUCCUCGCUUGGGACCGCGGCUGGUCUGCCGCCGCCCCCUACUCCGCAUCUGCCGAGCCCUCCCGGGUCCGGGCGCUGGUCUAUGGGCACCACGGGGACCCAGCCAAGGUCGUCGAACUGAAGAACCUGGAGCUAGCUGCUGUGGGCAGAUCAGACGUCCAUGUGAAGAUGCUGGCGGCCCCUAUCAAUCCAUCUGACAUAAAUAUGAUCCAAGGAAAUUAUGGCCUCCUUCCCAAGCUGCCUGCUGUUGGAGGGAACGAAGGCGUUGGACAGGUGGUGGCAGUGGGCGGCAGUGUGACUGGGGUGAAGCCAGGAGACUGGGUGAUUCCAGCCAGUGCCGGUUUGGGAACCUGGCAGACCGAGGCUGUGUUCAGUGAGGAAGCACUGAUCAGCAUUCCGAGUGACCUCCCUCUUCAGAGUGCUGCCACCCUGAGUGUCAAUCCCUGCACGGCCUACAGGAUGUUGAUGGACUUUGAGCAGCUGCAGCCAGGAGACUGUGUCAUCCAGAAUGCGUCCAACAGUGGAGUGGGGCAAGCAGUCAUCCAGAUCGCCGCGGCCCUGGGCCUGAGGACCGUCAAUGUGGUCCGAGACAGACCUGACCUCCAGAAGCUGACUGACAGACUGAAGAGUCUAGGGGCUGAGCAUGUUCUCACAGAAGAGGAGCUAAGAAAGCAUGAGAUGAAAAACUUCUUUAAGGUGAGAAAACGAAGACUCAAAACAGAUCAAGGAUUUCACCAAGGGCAGACAGUUACAAAUGGUGGAGUCAGGGCUCUGUGAACUCACAGCCUCUUAACCUUCCAGAACCUCCACCCCCAGCACACCCAGUAGGUGACCAGACCACAUCUCAGCCUCCUUCCUCUGAACCCUGGAGUGACCAAACACACACACUCUUUUGAGAACACAUGCCUCUUAAGAACGUUUCUGAAGCAGGAGAUCAACACCUCCAACGUGAGCUGAGUUGUAAGUGCAGAGAAGAGGUGUACUCGGGACCUG